CAGAUGCUUAUUUAGAAACACAGGGAAAACGGGAACAAGUGUGCAAUGCGAGUUGUUUCCCCUCUCUACACUGUUGUCCGGAGUUGCGUGCUAAACGGAGUGACGAAGUCACAACUAGAGCGUGUACGGUGUGUGUCAACCAAAAUGCCGAUCCUCUCGCCCCCACCUCAGAGUUUGUUGAAGCCCAUGGAUUUUCCUCAUAAGCUUUUGAUGGGACCAGGGCCUUCCAACUGUCCUCCACGUGUACUAAACGCCCAGUCAUUUCCAUUAUUAGGACACCUGCACCCCGAAUUUACUCAGAUAAUGGAUGAAGUGAAAGCUGGUAUUCAGUAUGCAUUCCAAACCAAAAAUACAUGGACUGUUUGUGUUUCUGGAACAGGUCAUGCUGCUAUGGAGGCGGCCUGUACGAACCUCCUUGAGCCCGGGGAAACCGUCCUAAUUUGUGAGAAUGGACUCUGGGGUCAAAGGUUUGCAGACAUGUGUACAAGAAACGGAGCUGUUGUUCAGAAAAUAAUCAAGCCGAUGGGACAAGUAUUCACACUCCAGGAUGUAGAGGCAGGUCUGCAGCAGCACAAGCCAGUAUUAGUGUUUGUGACACAUGGUGAAUCUUCUGGGGCUACUCUCCAGCCCUUGGAGGGACUGGGGCAGCUCUGUCAUAAAUAUAACAGUCUCUUAUUGGUGGACUCUGUGGCAGCCUGUGGAGGGGUACCGCUCUUUGUUGAUGAGUGGGAGAUUGAUGCUAUCUACACAGGUGCACAGAAAGUAAUAAGUGCACCGCCUGGAGUCAGUCCUGUGUCGUUCUCUGAUAGGGCCAAGAGUAAAGUAUUAAACAGGAAGACACCGGUGAGGUCGUACUACUUUGACAUGUCCCACCUGGCUAACUACUGGGGGUGUGAUGAGGGACCACGGAGGUACCAUCACACUGGACCCAUCUCUAGUGUUUAUGCCAUCCGAGAGGGACUUGCAAGACUAGCAGAGGAGGGGUUGGAGAAGAGCUGGGAAACACACAAAAGAUGUGCUGAGAUGUUGUGGGAGGGUGUGGAGAAACUUGGUUUGGAGUUACUGGUCCAAGACAAAGCCAACAGACUUCCCUGCGUGACAGGCAUUAAAGUUCCAGAAGGAGUCAACUGGAAGGAUGUGUCAGACUUCGCUAUGAAGACGUACAAAGUUGAGAUAUCAGGAGGUCUUGGAGCUCAGGCAGGGAAGAUUUGGCGAGUUGGAAUCAUGGGAUACAAUGCUACACCAGAGAACGUACAGAAGGUUCUCCAAGCUCUGGACGAGGGAUUAAAGAGUGUUAGAGGUUGACUGCCAGAUCUGUAGAUCAGAACUUUUGACCAAUAUUUUCUGUAUCACUUUUGUGAACUCUGUAGUUCUAUGAUUGCUAAUCAUUCCAAAGAUACAUGUUUUAUAGAUUUGUUAUUGAACUUGUUGAUGAUUCUUAAAUCAUGGUAUUACCUAUAUAUAAAUAUAUAUAAAUUAAAUAAAUAGAUUAUAGCACACAA